ACUCAGACAGAAACCACACGUGGAUCUGUGCUCUGAGGGAGAGGGAGAGGAAGAGAGUGAGCAAGUGAGUGAGUGAGUAAGAGAGAGAGAGAGAGAGAGCGAGAGAGAGAGACAGGAGAGAGAGAGAGAAGGAAGGCGGACGUGGACGUGAGCCGGAGAGAGGGGACACGCCAAAAAGAGGACUGUAGCAACCGAGGGAGAGCCCUAAAAAACAACACAGUAGGAGCGGACGGACGCAGAGCCAGGCAGAUGUGAGAGCGGGACUGGCCUCCCUUCGCAAGGAACGCCAGUAUUGCUUCUAUUCCACUUGGCACAGAAGGGGAGAAUAGGGUCCACAUGGGACUUUGAAAAACAGAGAGAGCCAUGCCACAGUGGAGUUGGCUGGAACCAAAGGACUAAAAAGCUCGCUGCGAGUGCGUGGAGUGACGCUGCCUCGCUGACUUCUGUUUUGGUGGAGCUCCUUGGUGAGUUAUUCCCUCCCUCCCAACUCAACUUUCCUUACACGAUUCCAUGCAUGCGUGACUAAAACAUCCGACAAAAACUGCAGAGGUAUUGUCAUACGGCCAGAGACAAGACACCAUCACAUCUCAUCCCACCCAGAUAAGAGCAGGGGAGUGGAGUGGAGUGGAGUGGACUGGAGCGGAGUACAGUGAAGUAAACAAGUAAGAUGUCUUUUGCCAUGGUGCGCCCAGCGCCGAGCCGAUACCUCUACUCAGAGAUAUCCAUGAUGUCGGAGGACGAGGAGAACGGCAGCGAGAGCUCGGGCUCGGAUGACCGAUCCUUCCGCCUGGACACCUCCAGCUACGAGCUGAAGGUGGGCACCCGCAAGCGCAAGCCCGGCGGCGGGGCCGGGGGUGGCGCGGACGGAGGCGGGCGCCUCGGAGGAGGAGUGGUGCCACCGCCGCUGCCGUCGGUGAUGACGCAGCUCGGGGUGCAGCUCAGCCCCGGCAGCGGCGAACCUCGCCAGCGAAACGCGGCGAACGCCCGGGAGCGGGACCGCACCAACAGCGUCAACACGGCCUUCACGGCGCUGCGCACCCUCAUCCCCACAGAGCCGGCCGAUCGCAAGCUGUCCAAGAUCGAGACGCUGCGGCUGGCCUCCAGCUACAUCUCCCACCUGGGCAACGUGCUGCUCGUCGGGGAGGCGUGCGGGGACGGCCAGCCCUGCCACAGCGGCGGUGGCGGUUCCUCUGCGAACUCCUUCUACCAACACCACCACCACGGCACGUCGCCCGCCCGCGACGCAGAGAACUCGCAGCCGAAACAGAUCUGCACCUUCUGCCUCAGCAACCAAAGGAAAAUGAGCAAAGACAGAGACAGAAAAACAGCUCUGCGAAGCUAAUGACGACUACAAGCCGGAGUGAAGACCACCACCACACACGGCGGAAACAACAAACUUGACACUCUUUAUUUUGUAUAUAUGCAAAUAUCAAUUCAUAUUUAAUUAUAUGUCAAAAAAAGAGAAGAAAAUGAAGGAAAAAAGGACAAAAAAUAAACAUGCGGGGGCCAUAAGGACCGCAGUUUCAGGUGGACUUUCCAGUCCUGGCCCCAAUACUUUUGUGCUGGAUUCUGCUCGAAACCCCAUCUCAACACGAUCCUACAAUACCACCGCAGAUCACACGGCUGCAUCCUCAAACUUUUUUUUGUAACCAAAGGACACCCUCCAAAGACUAGGACAAGGCCAAACAAUAAACCUGCUACAGAGGCACAUUACCACAAACUUAAGGAAACUCCGACGUGUAUUUUUGCGUCCACGUGACAAUGCUUUCAAACACACAUGAAGGAUGCUACAGAUGGAUGGCGUGGUGGAGCUGGAAUUAGCUAGCCAGGUAAUGGGCCGGCUGGCGCGGUGCCGUGGGAUCAUCUCCCUACUGAAGAUGUGGUGGAUCACUUAACGCCACGAGGAAAGAGACAUACAACAACAACAAAAAGACGGUUGGCACGAGCGAAGGGAAGUUUGUACAUUUCUCUCGACUCUGAAUGAAUUCUAUUUGUGUUUGUGCUUAACAUAUGAACGAUUAAGCCUACACUUUAUCUAAAACCUGCAGACAUAAUAUUUUGAUGUGCUGUUAUAAAUAUUUUGUAUGA